GUACAAGCAGAGCUGAUCCAGACACAAGUGAGCUAAACCUGUCCCUCCUCAGCCCCCCAUACCCGCUGCUCCCCGCACUGCUGCACAAUGGCAACCCCGGAGAACAGAGACUGAUCAUCAUUUGAAUGAAAUUGCACUUGACAGGCUGUUUCCUAGCGAGAGAGUCAGAGUCAGUGUUCAGCCCACAAGUCUUUGAGCGCUACUGUCGCUGCUGCUGGAUCGCUGGGUCGCACGUUUCAUUAAGCCGCUUGUUAUUAGUCGUGCAUAGCGGCUCCUGCACCCACAGUUGGCCAUGGAAGAAAACAUGGAAGAGGGACAGACCCAAAAAGGUUGCUUUGAAUGCUGCAUAAAAUGCCUUGGGGGAAUUCCCUAUGCAUCAUUGAUUGCUACUAUUCUGCUGUACGCUGGGGUUGCACUGUUCUGCGGCUGUGGUCAUGAGGCCCUCACUGGCACUGUCAACAUCCUUCAGACUUAUUUUGAAAUGGCAAGAACUGCUGGGGACACACUUGACGUCUUUACCAUGAUUGAUAUUUUCAAGUAUGUAAUCUAUGGAAUAGCAGCUGCCUUCUUUGUUUAUGGAAUUCUGCUGAUGGUGGAAGGCUUCUUCACAACAGGUGCUAUCAAAGAUCUCUAUGGAGACUUCAAAAUCACCACAUGUGGCAGAUGUGUCAGCGCAUGGUUUAUUAUGCUGACAUACCUUUUCAUGCUUGCCUGGCUUGGGGUCACAGCUUUUACCUCUCUUCCCGUCUACAUGUACUUUAAUCUCUGGACCAUUUGUCGAAAUGCAACAUUGAUUGAAGAAGCCAAUUUCUGCUUGGACCUCCGUCAGUUUGGUAUUGUAACAGUUGGGGAGGAAAAGAAGCUAUGUUCACCAUCUGACAACUUUCUAAGGAUGUGUGAAUCUACAGAACUGAACAUGACAUUCCACUUGUUUAUCGUUGCACUUGCUGGUGCUGGAGCUGCUGUAAUUGCCAUGGUUCACUACUUGAUGGUCUUGUCAGCAAACUGGGCUUAUGUCAAAGAUGCAUGCAGAAUGCAGAAGUAUGAAGACAUCAAAUCUAAGGAAGAGCAGGAACUGCAUGAUAUUCAUUCCACUCGUUCUAAAGAGCGGCUCAAUGCAUAUACAUAAAAUAAUAAUUCCGCUUAUUUGUAACAUUUCAAUUCUUUGUUGUUUAACUAACAGCCUCCCUUCCAUUGUAUAAUGAAAAUGAAGUGCUUUUCCUAAAAGAUAGGCACAUCCCCUAUCUUCAUAACCUUGAUAGACCAGCACUUGGCUUCUUCACAGUGGUCUGUGUGACAUUAUUAUGUAAUAUGGAGCACCCCUUAUAGUCCUUCCCAAAUUGUCAUAAAGUGACUGGUUUCAUAGAUAAAGAAAAAGUAAUUGUGAAAUAAAAAUGUCCUUUUCCUUUUUUUAACCACUUUAUAUGUGUUUUACAUUUACAAAAAAAAAACAUUUUGCAUUGUUUCCUACGUUUUUGAAAGAGAAAGCUUUUUAUACUUUUUAGUUCUGAGUUUCAAAAAAAAAAAAACAACAAAAUAAUAAUAAUAUAACUACAGGUAAUCUACAAAGGGACAGUUGUACAGAAAGCAUGUAUGAUAAAUUGCUUAUAGUUUGGAAUCAUGCAUGGAUAGUUCGGCCAUCUAUAAUGCGUUUGGCCCUAUGAUAAGUCAUAGGUGUGCUUUCUGUUUGGCAAGUUAAGAGGUGCUUCUUAUGGGUGUUACUGUAUUAGUAUUAAUGUACGCUAACAAAAUUUCAGUUUCAAAAUUCUGUCAACAUCAAUGACGGAGUCAACUGUUUCCGAGUGUGAGCAUGCAUACUGUAAUGCUAGUGCAUGGGCACUUUCCCAUUUCAAAUUUAAAAAUGUUUCAAUUAAUCACAUUAUUCCUGAAAGCUUAUAUUGAUGUUCUCCCAACAAAAUGUGGCUCAAGUAAAUAUCUAGGUAUUUUAUUAUGAUUUGCUUUUAACAUUUUAAUCUGUAUAUAUAUUGUAAAAAUAUAUGUCAUGUUAUUAAGAAUCAAAGGACAUUACAUAAAUAUUCUAAAGUCUUUUAAAGGUUUCUUUCAUUUGUCAGUGGACCCCAGUGCAUAGAACAUUCCAUGACAGUGUUCUGUGUUUGCCAUACAUAGCGUUCCAAUGAUCACAUGCCUUCUACCUAAAAAGCAGGCAGCACAUAUCUUUUAGACUUUCGAAACAACUGUGUUAUUGGACCAAACUUAGUGUUUUCAGCUAUUUUGCCUUUCUGAACCUCUAUAGGAAUGCUGUAAAGUGUAUUUAAUCUUAAAAUUCCUGGCAAGACAUUUUUGCCAUGCUUAAACAUUCUUGGUCAUUUUGUGCACUUUAUUAAUCAUCGUGAUUUCUCUCAGUGUACCUUCAUUGAUAAUUAAAAGAAAACUCUUGGGGUUAAUUCAUCAGCUUCUGAUAAUCGAAAUAAGAAUAUUUUUACAAAUUAAAAACUAUGGGGGAGAAUUAUGAGAGAUUAAACUGUAGAAUCUAGAAGGAUUUCCACCAGUUUGAUUUUUUUAUCCAAAUUGUCCUGACAGUAAAUAGUUUAAUUAACUUUACAUAUUUAUCAAAGCUGAUAGAUCUGGCAGUUCAGCCCAAAAUAAAAGCAUGCUUUUAGGUUUUUAGGAUUUCAUAAGUGACAUUGGUUUGAUAACUGAAAAUGUGUUACAGCAGUCUACUUUUGGACUGAAAAUCAAAUAAUUUAAUCGUAUUGAUAGAUAUGUGACAUCUCAGCGUUUCCAUUUUUCAAUUAUAUUUAACCAAGUACUUUUGUAUUCUAAAAUAAAAAGUAUAAAGUAUUUUUUCCCCUGUUAAUCAGUAGCCCAAUGACAAAUUAUUAUCAUGUCUUCUACAGGGACAUGGUUAUCUACUUUAUAACUGGUAGUGCAGAGUUCUUAAUUAUAAUGAAAAGGAAAAUUGUUCUUGCAAAUUUUGAAGUUUUAUUUUUUCUCGUUAAUUUAUGCCAAUAACGAAAGUAUUGUUCCCUUCAUUGUUAAAAUCAAUGUUUAUUUUAUAUUCACAGUUUUAACUGUAAGUAACACAAGUAUAGCUUCCCUUUGACUAUGAAGUACAAUUUCUGUAGUAGCAUUUAUAAUAUUUCCUUAAAUAGCUCUAGCUGUAACUAAAAUGGGUGGUAGGGAAAUCAAAACCAAAAAUGGUAGCAAGUUUGAGCUACAAGAGAGAGACAGAGGACAACUUAAAUAUUUGACAUCCUAUUUUUGAACAAAUGGUAAUUUCCUUAAGGUUUACAGUUGCUGUGUUAAUUAACAAGAGUCCUCUUCUGGUUUAAUAUGAUCGUUUUUCAAGUAGGGGCUUUUGGACAUUUUUACAUAGUGGAGCCCAUGGUUCAGCUCCAUAACAACUGUGUGUUGCACAAAUUAUAUAUGACAAGGCUUUAGUACAUGUCUGAAUUGGCUGCUUUGACUUUGGUUUAGACCAAAAUUUAAACAAUGAGUGGGGCAGUCAUAUAAUGUAGGGAUCAUUAUUAGUGAACGGCAGAGACGGGAUACAUCGUGCAGCCUUUAGAGAAUCAAGAUAUUGUAAUGUUCACAAAUUAGGAGAAAACACACAUGGGAAUCAGUGCACUUCAAGCUCCAAACAUACAAAGUCAAAAACACACAUGGGAAUUAGUGUAUUAUAUGAAUUUCCCCAAGAGAAUAUUUUUGUGAUGUUACACACGCUUCAUGGGAAUUUUUUAUGAAAAUGAAUCCUAGACUUCAUGCAUUAUAUUGCUAUAGUUAUUUGUUGCAUGCUUAAACAUUUAGUAGUGUUAGAUUUUAUUUUUCAAUAUCUGCCAACUACAAUGUGCAGUAUCAAAUACUUUUCUUUUCUCAAUUAUUCUUCUAAACCUCUUUCAAAUUUGAUAUGGUAGUGUUUCAGUUUUGUGUCUCAAACUAUUUGUGAUUUUUAAACAAAUGUCCUAUGGAUCAGUGUAAUGAUGUUGACGCUUUUUUGGCUUCCUCUGGUAUUAUAGUUUGUAUUUUCACAAAGAAUGCUUUGUAGCAAGCGUUAUAAUUAAUCUGUUUUGUACAUAAAUGUGCCAACAGCUUGAUGGUGGCGUUUUUGAAAUGUGGAAAACGUGCUUGCAAAAUGUAAUAAACACACUUGUGUACUUUGUGUA